GAGUGUCCCCUCGAGCCUGGCGCUCCUGCCCCUCCCCGGCCAGCGGAGCUGAGAGCCGGCGACCAUGCACGGCGUCCCACCGGCCCCGCUGCUGUGGCUGCAGCUCGCCCUGCUGGGGGCCGCGGGGGCCGGGGCGCGAGUGAGCGCACCGCGGAGCCUGGCGUGGGGCCCCGGCCUGCAGGCCACCGCGGUCCUGCCGGUGCGCUACUUCUUCCUGCAGGCGGUGGACUCGGACGGCCGGAACCUCACUAGCUCGCCGCCAGGUCAAACUCAAUUCAAAGUAGUGGUAAAGUCCCUCUCACCUAAAGAGUCAGUCCGAAUUUACGUUCCUAAACCUUUGGACAGGAAUGAUGGAACAUUUUUGGUGAGAUACAGGAUGCACGAGACUGCGCACGCAGGCCUCAGGAUAGAGGUGCUCUAUGGUAGUGAGCACGUGGCUCAGUCUCCCUACAUUCUGAGAGGACCCGUGUACCAUGAGUACUGCGACUGCCCAGAAGAGGAUCCUCAGGCCUGGCAGAAAACUCUGUCCUGUCCAGCCACGGAACCACAGAUCGAGCAAGAUUUUACUUCCUUCCCCAGCAUCGAUCUCCAGCAGAUGCUGAAGGAAGUCCCCAAAAGAUUCGGGGACGAGCGGGGGGCUGUUGUUCAUUACACAAUUGUCAACAACCGCAUCCACCGGAGAUCUUUGGGGAAAUACACAGACUUCAAAAUGUUCUCUGAUGAAAUUUUGCUGUCACUGGCAAGAAAGGUCACCCUCCCAGAUUUAGAAUUUUAUAUUAACCUGGGAGAUUGGCCCUUGGAGCAUCGAAAAGUCAAUGAUACUCCUGGACCUAUACCUAUCAUUUCCUGGUGCGGCUCCUUGGAUUCAAGAGACAUUAUCCUUCCAACAUAUGAUGUCACCCAUUCCACACUUGAAGCAAUGAGGGGUGUCACAAAUGAUCUCCUCUCUGUUCAGGGAAAUACAGGGCCUUCCUGGAUCAAUAAAACAGAGAAAGCUUUCUUCCGAGGUAGAGAUAGCCGGGAGGAGAGGCUGCAGUUGGUACAGCUGUCCAAAGAAAAUCCACAGCUGCUAGAUGCAGGAAUUACAGGAUAUUUCUUUUUCCAAGAGAAAGAAAAAGAGCUUGGAAAAGCCAAGUUGAUGGGUUUCUUUGAUUUCUUUAAGUACAAGUACCAGGUGAAUGUGGAUGGAACAGUGGCCGCAUACAGGUAUCCGUAUCUCAUGCUGGGAGACAGCCUGGUUCUGAAGCAGGACUCCCCAUAUUAUGAACAUUUCUAUGUGGCACUAAGGCCUUGGAAGCACUACGUUCCCAUUAAAAGAAACCUCAGUGACCUUCUGGAGAAAGUGAAAUGGGCCAAGGAAAAUGAUGAAGAAGCAAAGAAGAUCGCAAAAGAAGGACAGUUAACUGCUAGGGACCUGCUCCAGCCACCCAGACUCUUCUGUUAUUAUUACAAAGUACUACAGAAAUACGCCGAGCGCCAGGCCAGCAAGCCCAUGAUACGUGAUGGAAUGGAAAUUGUCCCCCAGCCGGAUGAUGGCACAUCUGUUUGCCAGUGCCACAGGAAGAGGCCAGAGAGGGAAGACCUUUAAGGAGGCCCAGCUUCACACUCCUUUGUAUGCUGCUGCAUCUUUAAGACUUGUGAAGAUGGCAAGCUGUGGAGAAACAGACGAGCCAGGCUCUCUAGAGGCGAAGCAAGAGGAUUUCUGUAGUGCAAAGCCUGCCUCAGAUACAUGGUGAUUUCCUGGCCAGCCCAGACUACCCAGUUGGAUUUUAUCAAGAAGCCAAAUCAGCCAGGCAGUGGUGGCACACACCGUUAGUUCCGGGACUUGGGAAGCAGAGGCAGGUAGAUCUCUGUGAGUUUGAGGCCAGCGUGGUCUAUAGAGUAAGUUCCAGAAUAGCCAAAGCUACACAGAGAAACCCUGUCUCAAAAAAAAGCCAAAGCAAAAAAGAAAUGCACAGAGAUGCUAAGAUGCUCUCAUGAGGCAGAAAGAUCAUGAGUUUCAGUAUUACCAAAUACCUUUGGAUAUUCAUUUUAUUUGGGGUGAAAACUGCUCAUUUGAGCAUCAUAGUAGAUAAAAAAACAUAUAAAUCACCUGGGAAUUUGUGGAUAUCACAUUCACUGGUUUGUUUCUAUCUUUUGUUCACUUACUUUUACAUUCAAUUAUGAAGGGAAAGUAUUUGGGGGAGUUUUUAUUUUCCCUCCCUGUGUAGUUUCUCCUCUUGCCAGCUGUUCUUGAUGGUCAGUGACGGCAGCCUCCUGCUGGAGGGUCUGAUGAGGUUAACUAAGGAACGGGCUGCUGCUAUCAAAACUAGCGUGGAGAUGGUGGAGGAACACACUGUAUCGUUUAAAUCUUCUCAGCUAAGUUUUUGCCAGAAUUGGGGGAAAUUGUAUCUUACACUGGUAAGUCACAACCUGUUCGGGUUGUGUACCUAUUAAAGACAGCAUAGCUAUUAGUGUAUAUGGUGGCAUCCUGUGGGUGUCUUUAUCAUCUAUAUACUAGGAAUAUAAGAAAUAACAGUUGUCAGUGUGAGAUCUUAAUUAUUUUUGUCCCUCCAAAACAAUGUCCUCAAAAACUGCUCCACCGGCCUCAGGAAGCCUCAGCAUCCUGGGAUUCACUAGUAAGCCCAGGGCAGAGGCAGGGCCAUCCCUGGAUUCACAGUCCUCUCAGUGGCUUGCACCGUUAAGAUAAAGGCUUUGGUACUUGCCUCUGCCUCUUAGGGCAGGGUCGAGAUCUAAGUCUCAUACCAUAAAUUCGAGUCUAAUUCCUCAGAGCACCAUCGAGUCGAGAUGCAGAUCAUGACCGAAUGCUCUUAGAGCCCCCAGAGUCAAAGUGCUCCAUGGACUGGGGCAAUCAUUUAGUCAUAUCUGUUCUCCCGGGGAAUAAUAACAACACAGGAAUGUGUAUUUUUAACCAGACCAUAGAAAUGAAUCAUCAAGCCAAAUAUCCCAUCACCUAUUUAAAACCUGCCUGUGUAGUAUGAACUAUAGUAGGACAAGCUGUCCUGAGGCCACACCCUGGUGCACGUGAGUCUGUAUCUGUUGUGCACAGAGAGGAGGGCAUUAUGGAAAUGGGUUAUGGAAAGAAAGGCUGUCUCCCUCGUUUCUACCUCUGUAACCCCAGGCCCAGAAAGCAAAGGGUAGUUUGUUAUAGACACGUUAAGUCUUUUAGGUUGAUGUUGUCUGGCGAUGAACAUCCUAACAGUUAAAGGACGUUGAGACAAAUUAGCCGUUUCUAUUGACUUGCCAGGGCCCCCACGAUCCUCAUUUUGGAGCAUUCCACCAGAGACAGGGUCUUUGACAUGAACCUGCAGGGGACAUUUCCCAUCCAAACUGAAACAAGUCUUUUAAGAAAUCUAGACAGUCCCCCAUUUCUCCAGCUUGACCACAGCCUUUGAAAUGAGUUUUACAUGGCUUUUGUGUUAUUGGCUUGAAUAUAUCUUCAGAGGCCAUGAAUUGAGAGAGAGAAAAGGGGACCACCUGGGGGAGGCUAGAGGGAGGACCAGAACAAUGAUAAAAUGAAAUUUUAAUUUCAACAAAAAUAUUUAAAAUCUGACUUUUGUUGAAAGGAGAGGGAUACAAGGAUGUAAAGAUAUAGUUGUGUGGAGAGAUGGCUCAGUGGUUAAGAGCACUAACUGCUCUUCCAGAGGACCCAGGUUCAACUUCCGGCACCCACAUGACAGCUCACAACUAUCUGUAACUCCAGUUCCAGGGGACCUGACACCUUCACAUCAAUGCACAUAAAAUAAAUAAGUUAAAUAAAAUCUUUAAAAAGAUAUAGUUGUGCUCAUUUGAAUAAACUGUCACCAAUGCUUGUGGCUUCAAUCACUCUAAGUGGCUGUCACCCAUCGAUAGUAAAUGCAUUGCCCAAACAGACACUGCCCAAACAGACACUGGCAGUUGGGGAAGCAAAUACACCACUGACCAGGGGAAGGCAGUGUUAACUAUGCUGUAAUGAGAACUUUCCACAGUGUGUUCGGUAAAGACCAAAGGUACAGGACCUAGAAUGUGAAAACAGUUUGCCAAAGACAAAAGGAAAUGGAUGAGUUUGAAGGACAAGUUGCCAGUACUGGGGACGGUAUGGAGAGAAGGGAAUUUUUUGUUUUAUACCUUUUUAUAGUAUUUAAAUUGUUUUUUAACUAUGGAUAUAAAUCAAGUUGGAAACUAAAGAUGUCAACAUGGUAAAAGAAUAAAUGCACAGAGGACAUAAGAAGGAAAAGAAAAUGAUACUGAUGUUUUCCAUGAUGCCAAUAUUGAAAACCUAUGUCUGAAAUUUUACCAUGUGAUUUUAUUAUAUACUCUUUUUUAAAUAAAACAGAUUUUCUUAAUAAAAA